UAUGAGGCGAACAACUCAUCCGAUCGCGCGCAUUGAGGAAGUUCACAGCUGAGAACAACAAGGUGGAGAGAUGGAUCCCUCAGAGAAGGAAAACAGAAAGGAGGAGUUUCCCCCAUUGAGAGCGAGUGAUUUGCUACGCAGCGAGGGUAUAAAAGGUCCAGAGUAUCUGAAAUGGGUGUCAGAGGAGGUUUCUAAGAACAGACGCAAAAGCUUCAGCCUAGAGAGUCCUGUUGGGGCCACGCUGACCAUAGCCCCUGUGGAGGACACAGAGUACAGGGACCUGCCUGCGGUGGUGAACGGAUGGGGCAAGUUCUACUUUCCCACCACGGUCAAGGUGCAGGUCCUGGGUUACGUGACGGGAACGUCGUACCCCUGCGAGCAGCUUGUCUUGAUGACAUGCGAGGACCAGCAAGUUUACGGCUACGACGAAGAAGAGCUGCACCUGGUGGCCUCCAGCCUGGAUCAGUUGUUGGAGGAGGGAAUAGCCUACCCUCCAUCCAAGAGCUAUUACCAUGGAGAGGCCUUCAAGGACAUGACCAGCGAGGAUUGGGAGAAGGUGAAGCAGAGCCCUGUGGGGAAACAGUUGGAUGAGAAGCAUCGCGAUCUGGUGGCUUCUUACAAAUCCAACAUGCUGAAGAAUCUGAGACUCAUCAGAGAGAAACAGAGGUAUCAUGAACAGCACGGCCGCCGCCUCCCUGAGGACGUCUGGUCCCAGUUUCAGACCGCUGCAAUGCGGGGGCACAGCAGUGACCCAAGGGUCAGCCAUUGCACCCCACAUCCGGAGGUUGUACCCCCCGGUGCGGCGCACCCAUGAUCCUUUGCUGCAUGUCUCUCCCCCUCUCUCUGACCCCCGUUCUGUUCAGCCCACACUCAUUUAUUCAUUGUAUUAUAUUUACAUUUGAAUAAAAAAUGAUUUUUUAAUUUGUUUUUAGAUACAGUCAAUAAAUAAUGUGAACCUGUAUCAUUACGUAAUAACCUCCAAGUAAACAUGUGUGGCUUUUUUUUUUUUUUACUAAUCUUUAUUAAAAAAUUAAGUUGUCUCAAUGUUUUGAUAUCGAGUCUGUUACGCGGGUGAAGAUUCUCCGUCAUCAGGUCAUGGUCAUUCCAAAAAAA